CCGCAGAGCGCGGCAGGACGGGCACACGCCGGGCGCAGCACCGCGAAGCACCGCGCAGCCCCGCGCAGCCCCGCACCUGUUUGCGCGCCCCGCGCCCGGAGCGGCCCCCGGCAGCGGGAGGACGCCGGCAGCGCCGCCGCCGCCGCUCCUCGCAUGUGCGGUGCCUCCCCGCCGCCCGGCGCCGGAGGGAAGUGAGGAAGCCCCGUGAAUGUACAGCAUGAUGAUGGAGACGGACUUGCACUCGCCCGGCGGAGCCCCGGCGCCCGGCGGCGGCCUCUCGGGGCAGAGCGGCGCGGGCGGCGGCGGCGGCGGCGGCGGCGGCGGCGGGGGCAAAGCGGGGCAGGACCGCGUGAAGCGCCCCAUGAACGCCUUCAUGGUGUGGUCGCGGGGGCAGCGGCGGAAGAUGGCCCAGGAGAAUCCCAAGAUGCACAACUCGGAGAUCAGCAAGCGGCUGGGCGCCGAGUGGAAGGUGAUGUCGGAGGCCGAGAAGCGGCCUUUCAUCGACGAGGCGAAGCGGCUGCGGGCGCUGCACAUGAAGGAGCACCCGGAUUAUAAAUACCGGCCCCGGCGGAAGACCAAGACGCUGCUCAAGAAGGACAAGUACUCGCUGGCCGGAGGGCUGCUGGGCGCCGGCCCAGCCGCGGGCGGCCCUCCCGCCGUCGGCGUGGGCAUGGGCGUCGGCGUGAGCCCCGGCGGAGUCGGGCAGCGGCUGGAGAGCCCCGGCGGGGCGGCGGGCGGCGGCUACGCGCACAUGAACGGGUGGGCCAACGGCGCCUACCCGGGCUCGGUGGCGGCGGCGGCGGCGGCGGCGGCGAUGAUGCAGGAGGCGCAGCUCGCCUACGGGCAGCACCCGGGCGGCGGGGGGCACCCGCACCACCCGCACCCGCACCACCCGCACCACCCGCACAACCCGCAGCCCAUGCACCGCUACGACAUGGGCGCGCUGCAGUACAGCCCCAUCUCCAACUCGCAGGGCUACGUGAGCGCCUCGCCCUCGGGCUACGGCGCGCUGCCCUACGGCUCGCAGCCCCACCAGAACUCGGCGGCCGCGGCGGCGGCGGCGGCGGCGGCGGCGGCCGCCUCGUCGGGCGCGCUGGGCGCGCUGGGCUCGCUCGUCAAGUCGGAGCCCAGCGUGAGCCCGCCCGUCACCUCGCACUCGCGGGCCCCGUGCCCCGGGGACCUGCGGGAGAUGAUCAGUAUGUACUUACCGGGCGGCGAGGGAGGCGACCCGGCGGCCGCCGCCGCCCAGAGCCGCCUGCACUCCCUGCCCCAGCACUACCAGAGCGCCAGCACGGGGGUCAACGGCACCGUCCCCUUGACGCACAUCUGAGCGGCCCCGGAGCGGCCCCGGAGCGGCCCCGGAGCGGCGCGGAGGGCCCCGGCCCGGGCCCCGCAGGACUGCGGCCCCGCCGCCGCCCCGCGCCCGCCGCCCCCCUUCGUUUUUGCCUUUCAUUCCGCUCCUUCCCGCCCUCCCCCUCCCUCCUUCCUUUUUUUGUUUUGUUUUGUUUUGUUUUUCUUUUCUUCCUUUUUGUACAGAAAUGUUUUGAUGUUCUUGUAAUAAUAAUAAAUAAUAAUAAUAAUAAUAACGAGAGAGAGAGAAAAAGAAGGUGACGGUGGCUUUACUGACCUUUUUGUUUUUAGGAGGACCAGAUCCCGGGACUAGUUUUAGACUGAACUUCUGUGUUUUAUCGAGACUUUUUGUACAGUAUUUAUCAUUCACCCCAGAGACACAGAGCGUUUAUUUGCAAAAGAGGAGAGAGAGAGGAUUAAAAAACAAAAACAAACAAACAAAAAAAGACGGCGACGAAAAGACAAAACCAUCGCCGCUGACACCCAAAGUUCGGGCGGUGCCAACUUUCGGGCUGCGCUUCGUCCCGCACCGCCUCACUGCAAACGGAGCCGACGGGGAGCGGUGCUCGUUCCUUCCUCGCACACCCCAAAACAGCACCACGAGUUUCCGUAGAUGUUCUCGCGCUUUUCCUUUUUGCUUGGGUUAUUUCGGUUGCUUUAUUUAUACAACUUUUUCUUCUUCUUCCUUUCUUCCCGAGGUUGCAACGUUUGCUUGAUUUUUUUUUUUAUUUUAUUUUUUUUUUCUGGGUUAUGUGAAACUUUACUGUAUCUGCAUCAUUUCGGUUUGUUUUCCUCCCCCCCCCCCCCCCCCCUUUUUUUUUUUUUUUACAUUUUUUUGUAUCAUCUCGUGUAAAUGCAUUGUGAAAUAAUUUUUAUCUAGGCGUGACGAGGGAACCCAGACUGUACAUAGUUUACUAAAAAGCCUUUCUGCUAAACAGAAACCCGAAGGAUGCGUUCCAUUUUGAGUUAAAU